GAAGCAAAUGCAAAUCUCACUCAAGUCUCAACAUAUCUCGGUGGCAAGAGAAGAGAGAGGAAGAAGAUGGAAGAAAAUUGCGAGGAUUGCAUGAAAUGGGAAGAAGAACUCUACUGGACACAUUUUCAAACCCUCCAUUUCACUCAGCUCCUCCUUCCUGGUUUCCACAAUCGCCUCGUCAUACCGCAAAAAUUUUCUACACAUUGCAAAAGGAAGCUACCUCAGAUUGUCACCCUCAAAAGUCCAAGUGGCGCUACAUACAGUGUAAGAGUAGAGGAAGAUAAUGAAAAGACACUGGCUUUUGGUUUUGGGUGGGACAAGUUUGUGAAAGAUCAUUCGCUAGAGGAGAAUGAUCUAUUGGUCUUCAAGUUCCAUGGACUGUCUGAGUUUGAAGUGCUGGUUUUCGAUGGACAGACUUUAUGUGAGAAACCCACUUCUUAUUUCGUCAGGAAAUGUGGUCAUGCAGAGAAGACCAAAGGUACUGAUUUUAAUGCAACCUCUUCGAGAUCUCCUAAGAGACACUUUAACCCUGCUGAUGUUGAAACUACACCAAACCAACAACUUGUUAUAUCUCCGGUUGAUAAUGAGCUAGAAGACCUCAUUGACAUUGAUGUUGAUAUUGAUAUUGAUACAAUGCUAAAUCCGCUUCUUGUAGUAUCUCAGACCGGUUAUGAGCAAGAAGAACAUAUUAACUCUGACAUUGAUACAGCAUCUGCCCAGCUUCCUGUUAUAUCUCCAACUAGUACAGUACGAGUCAGUGAAAGGAAGUAUCCCCUUAGCAGUUUUAAGAAGAUGCGAGGAGAAAUAAGUAAUGACAAUCUCGAUCAAAGAACUGCUGGAAGCAAUAACAGAGCCUUAUCUCUGGCCAAGAGAGCCAUUUCGCCGGAUGGUUUCUUGGUGUUCAUGAGACGCUCUCAUGUGCUAUCAAAGUGUUUUCUGACAAUCCCAUACAAAUGGUGCGUGAAGAACAUGCUUAUGGCACGUCAAGAAGUGGUGAUGCAGGUGGAUCAAAGGAAAUGGGACAUGAAGUUUAACUUUUUCGGAGCUCGUGGUAGUGGUGGGAUUUCAACAGGGUGGAAGAAGUUUGUACAAGACAAUAACUUGCGCGAAGGUGAUGUCUGUGUGUUUGAGCCAGCCAAUUCUGAAACAAGACCACCGCUUCACCUCAAUGUCUAUAUAUUCCGUGGUGAAGAAACGGAAAGAAGCAACAAUGUUGACUCGGUUCACACUAUAAGUAUGAACACAUCUUCUCACUACAAGGCGCAGGCUCGGUGCCCUCUUCAAGAACACUUUCUUCCCAGGAAAACUUCCAAGGAAAACCUGGACAGGUUCAUACCAAACAGGUCAGCCAUGGAUUUCGACUAUGCUCACUUUGCCCUCACUGAAGGAAGACAAGGUAAGGAUCAGGCUGCAGCGGUAAGUUCACCAUCCAAAGAAGCCUACAGGAAGCAAUUGGCUGAGACCAUGAAUUUGAAUCACACCCGGAUUCUCGCCUUCAGAAACAAACCUCAAGCUCCGGUCGAACUGCUUCCCAACAGUCACUCUGCUUCUCUUCACCAACAGCCUAAAUCUGUAAAGCCUCGCAGAUAUAUUCCUCAGACUUCUGAGAGAACUUUGGAUGCCCCUGACAUUGUGGAUGAUUUCUACCUAAACUUGCUGGAUUGGGGAAGUGCAAAUGUCUUAGCCAUAGCGUUGGACCACACUGUCUACUUGUGGGAUGCUUCCACUGGUUCUACAUCUGAGCUUGUGACCAUUGAUGAAGAGAAGGGACCUGUCACAAGUAUCAACUGGGCUCCUGAUGGUCGUCAUGUUGCAGUUGGACUCAACAACUCUGAAGUCCAGCUUUGGGAUUCUGCUUCCAACCGUCAACUGAGAACAUUGAAUGGUUGCCACCAAUCAAGAGUAGGAUCAUUGGCAUGGAACAAUCAUAUCUUAACAACUGGAGGAAUGGACGGACAGAUUGUCAACAACGAUGUACGGAUCAGAUCACAUAUUGUGGAAACUUACAGGGGUCACACUCAAGAGGUCUGUGGUCUCAAGUGGUCAGGAUCUGGACAGCAACUAGCAAGUGGAGGCAACGACAAUGUGGUACACAUAUGGGAUCGUUCUGUUGCUUCCUCAAACUCAACCACACAAUGGCUACACAGGCUUGAGGAACAUACAUCUGCUGUGAAAGCUCUUGCGUGGUGCCCUUUCCAAGCGAAUUUGCUUGCAACUGGUGGUGGUGGAGGAGAUAGGACGAUCAAAUUCUGGAAUACUCACACUGGGGCUUGCUUGAAUUCAGUAGACACUGGCUCUCAAGUUUGUUCGUUGUUGUGGAGCAAGAAUGAAAGAGAGUUGCUUAGCUCACAUGGGUUUACACAGAAUCAGCUCACACUUUGGAAGUAUCCAUCUAUGGUGAAAAUGGCUGAGCUCACUGGUCAUACAUCAAGAGUUCUAUAUAUGGCACAGAGUCCUGAUGGUUGUACCGUAGCUUCAGCAGCAGGAGACGAGACUCUGAGGUUUUGGAAUGUUUUUGGAGUACCAGAGACUGCCAAAAAAGCUGCACCAAAAGCAGUUUCCGAGCCAUUUUCUCAUGUGAAUCGUAUUCGUUGAAGUUGUGAAGACUAACAAGGAGAGCCAUUGAUACAGAUGCAAAAUAUUCAAUUUUUUUUUCUCGGAUUCAUUCUUCAUGAAUUGUAUUGACAAGAAAAGUGCACAUUGUACAAUUUUAUAUAUGUAAAUUCUUGAGUCAAACUUAAUUGCUUGCAUAUGUUGAAUAGAAAGAAAGAUUUUGA